ACUCAAUAGGCGUGAAGAGCGGGAGAAGGGAAUUGACUUAGAACUUACGAGUUUUUUUGUCGCAUAGCGCAGAUCUAUUCGCAAUUUAUAAUUUGUAAGUUUUAACUUUCAACGAUUUUUUCUGUUUUCGUCAGCGGCGUCAGUGUCUAUUAACGAAUCAAUUUAAUUUCUUUGUUAUUUUUGUUUACACGGUUCAUCGUCUAUGUUCCGUCUGGUGACUUGGGUCGUUUACGUGAUGAUCUGAAAGUUGGUCGAUUAAUAUUUUCAUUGUUUUUGAUUUUUUAUUUCGUCUGAAAAGUGACUGAAAACGGACGAUCAAACAACGAUUAUCAUUUAAUAUGGAAAGUUUAUGCAACUACGUCAGUGACGACGACAACAGUUCGAGUCCUCGAAGAGAAGUCGCUACUAAACUUACCAGAGCUAAUGGAAUGGAAGCAGAUGCAAAUUAUGAACAAGUUACCAUGGAUAUGAGUGAGAUUUUAUUAAAGAAACCAGCCAUUCAGUAUGAUUACACAAGUCGUCCUGGUUAAAUUCAUAUUACCAAAAUUGAAGGAAUCAAACCAUAGUUCAACCAAAUCACCUCCACUUAAAAGUCAAACUUCACCUUCUAGUUCAGCAUCAUCUCCUACUUCUGUAUCGCAGACUUCAAGAUCACGUUAUUCCAGCAAACAUAGAAACCAUAGUGAUACAAAAGAUAGUAGUUCUGAUGAAGAUAAAAGAAGUCAUAUUCGUCAUAGAAGAAAUAAAUCAAGAGAUCGUCACAGUAAAAAGCACUCUCGUCGGUCAAGAAGUCGCAGUUGUGGUAGAAAACGAUCUCGACGAUCUCGUAGUCAUAGUCAUAGUAAAAAACGAUCACGUCGAUCACGCAGCCGUAGUGAAAGGAAUAGCAAUAGUAGGAGAUCCAGCCCACAUUAUAGACAUGAAACAAAGAAUCACAAUAAACACAGUCGGUCUAAAAGUAAAGAAAAAUAUACAUCGUCACACAAUUAUUUCUUAGAAAAGAAGGCUAAUAAUAAACGGCAAAUUUUAGAUAAAUUGGGGAUUGAAUUAAAAGUUCCAGCAGUUGGGAAUUCUGUACUGCCUUCAACUACAACAGUCACCCCUCAACUGUUACUCCAAAAAUCUAUGGAAGCACAAGUUGAAAAAGUGAAAGUACAAACUGGAAUAGAGUUACCAUCUUAUUACAAUCCAGUAGCUGUAAAUCCCAACAAAUAUGCUGAACAGAUUCAAAAACGCAAACUGUUAUGGGGAAAUAAACAAAACAAUGAAGUUGUUAAACAAAUUGAAGAAGCUAAACCAUCUGUAAUAGCUAACAACAAGACUGCAACCAUUUGGCAGUCCACAAAAUUUGGGGAUCAGGAUGGCAAAGUUACUGCCAAAUUCAAAAGACUAAUGGGCAUCAAAGAUAAUGGGAUAGGUGGUGAUAAUCAAACAUCUCAACAAGGACAAUCAAAAGAUAUUAUUAAAAAACAAGAAGAAAUGUUUAACUCAAUGGAAAGUCAAUAUGAAGUUGCUCGCAUGGCAACACAUACUCAUCGAGGGCUGGGUCUUGGAUUCGGUACAUUUCAACAGCGGUAGAUCUUAUCAUUAUAAAUUUAUAUAAAUAUUGUACAUUGAAACCACACUAUUAGUAUUUAAUUUUAGGUUUCUUAAUCUGAAAUCUUUUGUAUAUUUUACACUUAUAAUUUAUGUUUUAUUUAAAUACAUAACAUAUUUUUUGUUGUUGACAUUA